AUGCCCACUGUUUUAGGUGCAACAGUUGGUGUUUCUCGCUGUUGCAUCGAUAUAUUCCAAACAUUCGCUGUCUUUUCAUUAGCUGUUUCCGGCUCUUAUGCUAAAAAAAAUAGACUGUACGUCGCUGGAUCAGCACAAUCGGUUGGUGCUACUUCAUUGUCAGUACCUACAGUUUCCUGUGGUUCUCUUAUUUCUGAACUUCUCAAACAAUGUCGUGACCGCAGUUUUGUAUGUAUGAGUCCUCUCUCAUUUUUUGUAGGUAUUGAGAAAACGGUUAACAUUGGCUACGAUAAAGAUUACCUCGCUGUAUCUUCACAUUAUAUUGAAAUGUAG